CGGCGGGCGGGCGCGCCGGAAGUGGUGGCUGCGGGGCUGAGGCCGGGGCCGGGGCCGGGGCCGGUGCCCGCCAUGGAGCUGGGCCGCGCGGGCCCGGCCGGCCUGCUGCUGUUUCUGCUGCUGCUCCUGGCGGCACAGGCUGUGCCGGAGCGGGACCCGUACCGCGUGCUGGGCGUAGGCCGCGCCUCCAGCCAGGCCGACAUCAAGAAGGCGUACAAGCGGCUGGCCCGGCAGUGGCACCCGGACAAGAACAAGGACCCGGGCGCUGAGGACAAGUUCAUCCAGAUCAGCAAAGCUUACGAGAUUCUCUCCAAUGAGGAAAAGAGGGCAAACUUCGACCGCUAUGGAGAUGUCGGGGAGAGCCAGGGCUACUCCCAGCACCAGCAGCGCCAGUUCCACCACUUCCAUGAAGGCUUCUACUUUGAUGAGUCCUUCUUCCACUUCCCCUUUAAUUCAGAGAGACGUGACACCUCCGACGAGAAAUAUUUGCUCCAUUUUUCACAUUACGUCAAUGAAAUCGUGCCAGAUAGUUUCAAGAAACCAUACCUCAUUAAAAUCACCUCGGACUGGUGCUUCAGCUGCAUCCACAUCGAGCCCGUGUGGAGGGAAGUUGCUCAGGAACUGGAGGUGCUGGGAGUGGGCAUUGGAGUCGUUCACGCUGGGUACGAGAGGCGCCUGGCCCAUCACCUCGGUGCUCACAGCACGCCAUCGAUACUGGGACUGAUCAAUGGCAAGAUAACCUUCUUCCACAACGCCGUCAUUCGAGAAAACCUGCGGCAGUUUGUGGAGAACCUGCUGCCAGGGAACCUUGUAGAAAAGAUUACAGAUAAAAACUACAUCCGCUUCCUAUCUAACUGGAAGAAAGAAAACAAGCCCCACGUCCUGCUGUUUGAUCACAUGCCAGUUGUGCCAUUAUUGUACAAGCUGACUGCCUUUGCAUACAGAGAUUAUUUGUCCUUUGGUUACGUGUACGUGGGGCUCAGAGGGACUGAAGAGUUGUCCAGUCAGUACAACAUCAACGUCUACACGCCAACCCUGAUGAUCUUCAAGGAGCACAUCGACAAGCCCGCUGAUGUGGCGCAGGCACGGGAUAUGAAAAAGCAGCUCAUUGACGACUUCCUUUCCCAGAAUAAGUUCCUCAUGGCAGCCAGACUGACCAACCAGAGGCUGUUUCAGGAGCUGUGUCCCGUGAAGAAGUCGCACCGUCAGCGAAAGCACUGUGUGGUCCUGCUCACUGGAGAAGGUGAUAAGUUUGCUGAUGCUUAUGAGGCAUUUUUGACUUUUGCUGUGGCUAACACAAAAGACACACUGAGGUUUGCGCACAUCUAUCAUGAUCGGCAGCCGGAAUUUGCAGAUGCCUUGCUGAUGGAUGACGAGAAGUACCGUGGGAAAUCAGCUGUGGUCAUUCUGGAGAGGCGCAACAACGCAGGGAAGAUUGCCUUUAAAACCUUGGAGGAGGCCUGGCAAGGCAGCAAUGAGGACAACUUCAUCCUUCUGGAUCUCCUGGACCAGCUAAGGACAGACCCUGGUCUUCUCUCCUCAGAGACUGUCCUGGCAGACUUGAAUGAUGAGCUUGCUCCUAUCUUCCUUAUCCGAUGGUUCUAUUCCACCCUGGACUAUAUCUCGGACUGCUGGGACAGCUUGUUUCAUAGCAACUGGCGAGAAAUGAUGCCCCUGCUGUCCUUGCUCUUCUCUGCGCUCUUCAUUCUCUUUGGCACCGUUAUUGUUCAGGCCUUCAGUGAUUCCAGUGACACAAGAGACUCUCCUGCCUCUGAGAAAAAAGACACUACUGCAAAGACCGAGAAGAACGACACGAGCUUUAGCAAAGAGAGUAACAGCAGGGUUCCCAAAAAGGGCUUUGUCGAGGUGACAGAGCUGACAGACAUCAACUACAACAGUAACCUGGUACGCCUCAGGCCAGGUCACAUGAACGUGGUCUUGAUUCUCUCUAACUCCACCAAAACCGCCCUCCUCCAGAAGUUUGCCCUGGAAGUCUACACAUUCACAGGGAGCAGCUCUCUUCAUUUCUCCUUCCUCAGCCUGGACAAGCACCGCGAGUGGCUGGAGUACCUGCUCGAGUUCGCGCAGGACGCUGCCCCCAUCCCCAAUCAGUACGACAAGCAUUUCCUUGAGCGCGACUACACGGGCUACGUGCUGGCUCUGAACGGCCACAAGAAAUACUUCUGCCUCUUUAAGCCUCACAGAUCAGGGGACGAAGGGGGAACCCUGGGGGCGUGUGAGGACUAUGAUUCCUCGCUACACACCGAAGCCAGAGGGAAAUCCUCCUGCAGCCCAGGAUCUAGAUCCAUUAAAAACAAAUUACAUAAAUUGUCCUUUUGGAUGGAACGCCUUCUCGAAGGCUCCUUACAGCGGUUCUAUAUCCCCUCGUGGCCUGCACUAGACUGAGGGAUUUUAAGAGAUUCUAACAGACAUACUUUUUAUGAAGAUGCCGAGGGACAGCUCUCUCCAGGACUAAACAAAUGAUCAUGAUGAAUGGACCUUAGGUUUUAGGUGAACUCUCCGAGGGCCGGUGACCAGAAAAAUCUCCCCGCAUCCAGAGCCCGGGAGUGCAACAAAGUGCACUGAAAUGCCCUCCACCAAACCAUCCUCGUGUGUGGAUGCUGUACUGUCAAAGAGCCAAGAAGUCCUUUCUUCCCUUCUCAUCAUGCCACGCCUGCUUCCUGGGCUGUCCCCGAGCCAUCCCUCAUUUCACCUCAGAUGAAUAAAAGCCGUGAUUUCUGCUGCAGCGACGCGGCCGGUUACACAGGGCAGGUCGUGGCUCUCCUCUUGCUUCCUCGUGUGCUUAGCCCGUGGUGCAUGGUGUAACCCUGGCAAGACCCUCCAGACCCUCCCAGCAGACAGCCGUACCCCUCGGCUCCCCCUGGGUAAGUGACCUGGAGGGUGGCCGGGAGCACCUCCCUCGGAGCAGCCCUGUAGCUGGGACUCGCCUGUGGUGCGGGCUGGGAGGUGAUCUGCAUGUUUCAUGCUCCUUGCAUAAUAGUUCCACCAUAACCAGGGAGGGAAGGGGUUUUGCACAGCCCUAAAUACUGUAACGGUGUUGAGCCAUUUAAAUGUCACAUUGUUUUCCAGAUGCCUUCCUGCUUCUGUCAGUUUUAGAGGAUGUAUCUUAGAGCCAUAACUUUUAAUGUGUCCUCAGAUUGUAGGCAUAUGCUGCUAUGAGCCAGUAGACGUGUAGAAGAAAAUCUACCUAGCUGCUAGGGAGCCAGUGGGGGCUCCUUUCAAACACCCUUACAUCUGUAGUACAAACCAACCUUUCUUUGUAUCAAGGAACCUAAUUCGUCAACGAUUGUAUUCCUGAAACGUUGCCCCAGAAGUGCUGUACCACCAGAUCGUCA